CGGCGCGGGGGUGCCCGGAGUCCCGCCCGCGCGGUCGCGCACACCCCAGCGCUCACACGCGCACACACGCCGAAGUGCACCCCACUCUGGCUCGCAGCCAGCCGCUGAGGCCGCCCCGGCGCAGCGUGCAACAUGGCGCUGGUCCCCUGCCAGGUGCUGCGCGCCGCCAUCCUCCUGUCCUAUUGCUCCAUCCUGUGCAAUUACAAGGCCAUUGACAUGCCCGCGCAUCAGACCUAUGGAGGCAGCUGGAAAUUUCUGACCUUCAUAGACCUGGUUAUCCAGGCAGUUUUCUUUGGGAUAUGCGUCUUGACGGACCUGUCCAGCCUUCUCACUAAAGGAAAUGACAGUCAAGAACAAGAGAGGCAGCUGAAAAAGCUCAUUUCCCUCCGUGACUGGAUGAUGGCUGUUCUAGCUUUCCCUGUUGGAGUGUUCGUUGUGACGAUGUUUUGGAGCAUCUAUAUCUAUGACAGGGAACUGGUUUACCCAAAGCUGCUCGAUAAUUUUAUACCAGCAUGGCUAAAUCAUGGGAUGCAUACAACAGUUUUGCCCUUUGUAUUAAUCGAGAUGAGAACAACACAUCAUCAGUAUCCCAGCAGGAGCUGUGGACUGGCGGCAGUGUGCACCUUUGCUGUUGGCUAUAUUUUAUGGGUGUGCUGGAUUCACCACGUCACAGGAGUGUGGGUGUACCCACUUCUUGAUCACCUCAGUCCAGGUGUCAAAGUAGUAUUUUUUGCAGCCGUUACUGUAAUAAUUAACAUGUUCUACUUGGUGGGAGAGGUCUUGAACAACUACAUCUGGGAUACCCAAAAAUGUAUUGAAGAAGGAAAAGAAAAGCCAAAAUUGGACUGAAAAACAGAGGCAACAUGGAGCAUUGUUUACGGCUUCACAGAAGAUUUCUCAUCACCAACAGAGGUUGGCAUGGAGAGGAAUCUUUUGGAAAGGAGGAAGUUUAACAGGCAGUCUGCUCAGUACAAGGAUAUUUGGGGGUUUUAUAUGGAGGGAAAAUGAUUUUAGCUAAGAAUAAUAAUGUUUCAACAUCAUUCCUAUGUCUCCAUUCUUGCAUGUAACAUGCACAUAUAAGAUGUAUAUUUAUCUCCAUGGCACUCAUGUGAAUUCCUUGCAUCAAAUAAGUCAUUAAAUCAUAAAAUCAUUAAAUUUUUUCACUUCGAGCAAGAAGAACAAUGAAUCCAUCUGUAUUUCUUGAGAAAAGCUUAACCAGAUAGUUCUAAUGUGGGGAAACAAAACAAUAUAUAUUUCAAAAUACAGUGUAAAAAUACGGUAGAAGUUAAUUGCAUGAAUGUAUCCAAAGAAGAAUUCAAUCUGAUGGAAAUAUUAAUGUAACACUAUGUAACAGCUGCCUUAAAUCAGUGAUGUUAAUUUUUUGAGACCAUUGAAAUCUUAUUUGCAGUGUUAGACUAUCUGAAUAUGAUGCAGCUUUUCUUAAAUAGGCCUAAAUAAAGAUCAGAUUAUCCCAGCA